UGAGUGCUUGAAAAGUUCGGUCCUAAACCUUCUUGAAUGGGAAAUGAAGCUUAUUUAUAAGAAUAUAGAUAAAGAAAGAAAAGGUGUUAUUGUUUUGAUUGCUGAAGAGAAUGAAGACAUGUGGCAUGUAUAUAAUCUUAUUAAUGAAGGAGAUAGUUUAAGAGCUUCUACAUUUAGAAAAAUUCACCAAGAAAGUGCUACUGGAACUGUUAGCGUGAAUAAGGUUAGGACUAUGCUUACAAUUUGUGUUGAAUCAACAGAUUUUGAUACUCAGGCAUGUGUAUUGCGUGUGAAAGGUAGAAAUAUUGAAGAAAAUCAGUUUGUAAAAAUGGGUGGAUAUCAUACAUUAGAUUUAGAAGUGAAUAGAAAGUUUACAAUAGGCAAAGACGAAUGGGACAGCGUAAGUCUAGAACGUGUGGAAUUGGCAUGUGACCCGGUAAAGCAUGCAGAUCUUGCUGCGGUCGUCUUGCAAGAAGGACUUGCUCACAUAUGCCUCGUAACUUCACAUAUGACCCUCGUGCGUUGCCGCGUCGAGCAAAACAUUCCUAAGAAACGUGAGGGUUCUGGUUCUCAACGAGAAAGAGCCUUGUCUCGCUUUUAUGAUUCAUUAGCCCGCGCUCUUUUAAGACACAUCGAUUUUGAAGUGGUCAAAUGCGUGUUGUUGGCUAGUCCUGGAUUCGUUAAAGACCGUUUCUUCGAGCAUUUAAUGAGCCCAUCACUAUCCGCUUCUCUUUCGGCUUCCUCCCAGUCCUCGUCUUCUACUACCACCUCGUUUUCUCCAUCCAAUGCAUCAAUGAACGACAGUGCUUCGCCCAAUAAUUUUAAUUCCUUGACGACACCCCUAUCAUCAGACCCAUCACGCCUCCUUAUUGAAAAUCGAUCUAAGUUUUUGCUCGUGCAUUGCUCCACUGGAUAUCGGCAUUCUCUGCGAGAAGUGCUUUCUGACCCUGCUGUCAUCGCCCGAGCGGCUGAUACCAAGGCUGCUCGGGAAGUACGCGCAUUGGCCCGGUUCACUGUAGUCCUUAACACAGACCCAGAUCGUGCCCAUUACGGGCUAGAACAUGUCAUUCGUGUUGCUAACGCUGAUGCCGUUGAUUCCCUUUUGAUAAGUGAUUCGCUUUUUCGUAAUGCCGCUACUCGUGCGCGCUCUAUUGCGGUAUUUGAGCGUGUCAAGUUGGGUGGAGGCGAGACUCAUUUAUUUUCUAGCCUUCACGUGUCAGGGGAACAAUUGGAUAGGCUAACAGGUAUCGCUGCUAUCUUACGAUACCCGAUCCCCGAACUUGAUACCGACGAUGAUGACGAGGAUGAUAAGAUAGGAGUAAAUGGUGUAGGGGAUAUUAAAUAGAUUGUUAUCUUUAUAAUGCGAAACCGAAAUAUCUUACAUUAUUAAUAUUAUAAUAUAUUACCGAAUGCGACUAUAUUAAUAUUGGAAAAUAAAAUUUUAGUGUAAUUUAAUAAAAUAUAUAUAACUUCUA